AAUAGAAUCUGAUAAAAUUCUAUCAAUUAGCAAGGGAGGAAGUUUCUUUGGGCCCACCUUGACCAAGGUGUUAUAUGGGCCUACUAGAAAACUUGAAGAAACCGGUUGGUGGGAAAUUUCCUGCCGCGGAAAAAACAGAGAGGUACUCUCCACUCCAGAUCCAAACUCUUUUUUUUUCUUCACGCUGAAGCUCUAGUGCUCUAUCCCUCAAUCCUUGGGAUCCACCAUUUGAGAUCUGGUUUAAAUUCCGUUUCCAGAUUCUGGUGCGGAAUCUGAUACAACCAAGCUGCAUACUACUCGCUGAUUCGCUGGGAAAUAAAGAUAUAUAUUAGCUCCAAUGGCUGUGAGAAAGCCCGGUUUGAUUGCUUUAUUUGAUGUUGAUGGUACUCUCACAGCACCAAGAAAGCUGGCCACUCCAAAGAUGCUAGAGUUCAUGCAGGAACUCCGGAAAGUUGUUACUGUGGGAGUGGUGGGUGGAUCUGAUCUCUCUAAGAUAUCAGAGCAGCUUGGCAAGACAGUUACUAAGGACUACGACUAUGUAUUUUCUGAGAAUGGGCUUGUGGCUCAUAAAGAUGGGAAACUUAUUGGCACCCAGAGCAUGAAGACAUUUCUUGGAGAAGAAAAACUCAAGGAAUUUUUAAAUUUUACACUUCAUUAUAUUGCUGACUUGGAUAUUCCAAUAAAAAGGGGCACAUUUAUAGAAUUCCGGAGUGGGAUGAUUAAUGUAUCACCAAUUGGGAGGAAUUGCAGCCAAGAAGAAAGGGAAGAAUUUGAGAAGUAUGACAAGGUCCAUAACAUACGCCCAAAAAUGGUGUCUGUGCUGCGUGAGAAGUUCGCGCACCUUAACCUGACAAUCUCAAUAGGUGGACAGAUAAGUUUUGAUGUUUUUCCUCAAGGUUGGGACAAGACAUACUGCUUGAGAUACCUUGAUGAGUUUGAUGAAAUCCACUUCUUUGGGGACAAAACUUACAAGGGAGGAAAUGAUCAUGAAAUAUAUGAAUCAGAACGAACUGUGGGUCACACAGUUACCAGCCCUGAAGAUACAGUGGAGCAAUGUAAAGCUCUCUUCCUAUCAAAUUCCUAAGGUUAUGGGCUAUUUUUGUGUUCAAUUGUAUUCCGUUCGUAUUUUAAACAUUUGAGAAUAAGUAUCAAGUAGAAUGCCUGCUUGUGUAAUUUUUAUGAUCUAUUCAAACUUGAUGAAGAGAUGAAGACAUCCUUGUAAUUUUUGAACCCUAAUUCUUAUUAUAGGGGUUGAAGUCAUGUCAAUAUGGAACUUUGCAUUCAAGUGAUUUGAAAUUUUACUUGGACCAUUAAA